AUACUUCAAGCAUCGAUCGUUGCCUUUCGGUAGCUCCACACAUCUUCAUCAAACAUCGCUCUCGAUUUUUACCAUCCACACAAUGUCGUCUACCAAGAGCGUCGGUACUACUACCACCCGUACCAACGGAGACACUACCAUCACCAUCACGAAGGUGGACGGCUCUGAACCAAUCUUCACUGUCGCCUCCACCUCAGCCAAGGUGGUCACUAUCCCGGCCAGCUUCGGCCGCCGCCCCAAGACGGGCAACAAGAGCAAAUCGGGCAAGGGCCAGAAGAACGACGACACAACUACCAAGCCCGUCGACACCCACCAUCAAGAUCGACAAGAUGUCCCCGCCAACCGCAAGCCCACGCCCUGCGGCAGCCUCCUCAAGCGCCCUAACCAGCCAUACCAACCCACCAACCCGUCGGAAAGACACAUUCUCGAAAGGGCCAUUCGGCAUAACUUCGCAAAGCCCGGAAAGGGGCUUAUCCCUCCUCCUACUCGUCAGUGGAGUGAGUGCCCUGCGCCCGCGGCCUCGGGACCGGGAGCGGCAAACGGAAAUGAAAAGGAGGAGGAUUUGGAUAGUUAUCGGGGUUGUGGACCGGAAUACGAUUUGCAUCCGGAGGAUGAUGAGCAUUUUACGGAUGUGUGGUAUGAUGAUGGGGAGUGA